AAAUAGUCUUUCUUUUUCUCUUUCUUUUAUCGAUUUUGGUCCUUCCUUGUUGAUCAAAUGUCGACAUUUGAUUACAUUUCUCGUUUUCUUUUCUUCUAAUCAAUUUUAUUCCUCUAAUUGUUUUUAAUUAAUGUUUAUUAGAAAUGUUUCCAGCUAUUACUGUGAUUUCAAAUUGUUACAUUGAUUGGAUGAUUACUAUGGACCAUAGAAUGUUAAUUGACUUGAUUAAUUUAAGAUGAACGGAUUUAAUUUAAUUGGCCAGUUGAUCUUUGAUCGAGAUGGAGAAAAAUGUCUCUAAAAAUGGUUACAAGUUAAUCAAAGGAAAUGAUUCUAGUUCUCAAUUUAAUGUUGACAAAAUUAUCUCACAAAAGUCAACCCGUUACCCUAAUCAUUUGGCUUAUCAAGUGAAUGGUUUAAUCAAGGGCAGGCCACAAUUAACGAGCCGUCGUCGGGUCAUUCCAUCAUUCUAUGCUUUCCUGACAAUAUUCGUGGUCACCUUAUUAGUGAUUCUUGUCAACAAGAUUCCAACUGGACCUCAUUUGUAUCCUGAUGUUCAUUAUCAGGCUCGUUUAAAGGCCGAUUAUUUCAAGUCCCCGUCAGUUAAUUUAAGUCAAUUCGUUCUAGAAACUGAGCUAUUAAUCAAACCAAAACUAAAUGAUCUUGACGAUAUUCGUCUAGUUGUGAUUGUCAGUUCUUCUGUCCAACACUUUGACCAAAGACAAGCAAUAAGAGAUUCGUGGUCUAAAUUGGUCAAUUUCCACCAGCAAAAGCUUUUCUUUAUCAUUGGAAAAUCAGUGCCACCGCCGAGAGGAAAUUUAGAAAAUGUUACCGAUAAAAACGUUAAUUCAUCUUCAUCAAUUAAAAGCACAGAAUCCAAUGGAAUUAAAAUUAUUUCUAUUGAUUCUAAAUCAAAGGUUCAUCAUCAUGAUCGACAUGAUGAUGAUUCAAAUUGUGAUGAUGAAAAGUUAACCAAAUUGAAUGAACAAAUCGUUCACGAAGGCCUUUCUUUCAACGAUCUCAUACAAUACGAUUUUUAUGAUUCUUAUUACAAUUUAACUCUAAAAUCACUAUUAAUGUUACGAUUCUUUAAUCAAGAGAUACUCAAUUUAACCAAAAAACCUUUGCCAUUUUCUUCAUAUUAUUCAUCUUCAUCUUCUAGUUUAUCUUCAAUCUAUUCAUCAUCAUCUCCGUCUCCAUCACCAAUCCAAUCAACUGUUCACCGACAACAUGGACGCCUGAAGCCACCGCCAAUGGUUCCCAAUGAAGUGGAUCUGAAAAUCCGAAAGCCAAUAUUUUUAUUUAAAGUCGACGAUGAUAUGUUUGUUCAAGUGAACAAUUUGAUUAAUUUAAUCGAUAAACUAAUGGUGGCCUUUAAAGUGAGAAAACUACCUUGGAAUCAUCAACAAGAUGGAUACAAGAUUCUAUUGGGUGGCCUAAUCAAAAAAGCUCAAUUGGUUCGCGACCCAAGGAGCAAAUACUUCGUUCCCUUCAACGUCUAUCCAUACAACACUUAUCCCAAUUAUCUUUCGGGAACUGGAUACCUGAUGUCAGCUGAUGUGGCGAGAUCGCUUUUCAUCACCGCCACUUUUGCCAACAAGUGUAAAUAUUUUUUUCUCGAAGAUUUAUUUAUAACCGGAUUCUGUUCAGCGAAAGCCGUUAAAAUGUACGAUGAUUACCGUUACUUUGAAGAUCAACUAAUGGAUAUUCAAUUGAUGAAUAAUUUUGGUUUUCGAUUUCGUGAAAUUGGUUCGACUUUUGAUAUUUGUGGUUACCUAUCACCGUACAUCAUUACAAUUCAUGGUUUAUCGCCGGUUCAGAUUCGCUAUCUAUGGAAUCGCUUCAAUCAACCAGCUAAAACUGCAGCUUAUUGUAAUAGUAGGAAAAAGCAACGAAAGUCCAAAGGCUGAACGAUCAUUAGAAAAUCUAAAAUUUUCAUACAAAUGACAAUAGAACGUAAAUCGAGUCAAUUAAAAACCGCUAAUUAUACUUGAGAA